GCAUCAGUUUAUGUUGAGACUAAAUAUAUGGAAAACAUUCUCCAAGAGACACCUACACCGUUUUGAUUUGGAGCUUAACUGUAGUUAGCUUUCUGCGUAUGUAUGUGUAUGGAUAUAUGAGAUUACCAAGUACGCGACAUCUACUUUGCUUGCAUACAUAUACAUCAUAUAUAUGUGCAUAUAUACUUAGCCACAUAAAUCCCUUUUCGUUGUCGUUCGAUUCUAUUAUCGCUGCUUCUAUGGAACCAUCGACGUUUACAUUAAAAUUGCACGCUCUGUACGUCGUUAUUCUUCCUAUUCCGUAAUAGUUAGUAUCAGUUAUCCUUUUAAAAGUAUCAAUCUUAUCGGUAUAGAAGAUCCUAAAAGAAAUUAUCGAUUUAUCAUUUUUAAAUCAAUUUCUAUUAUCUUCAAAUUCUAAUAAAAUCGAGGACACCAAGUCAGACGCCAUUUUGUUGUAGACAAUGCUAUUAAAAAAUGGCGAUGAGUUUUUGACCAAUCGUACUUGGAGAUCUUCAAAAUGGCGUCUUAUUUCUUAACCAAUCGUUUGAGAUCUGUUCAAUAUAGCGUCCAUUUCUUACAUUUUUUGGAUAUAUAAAUCAAAAAAAAAAAAAAAAAAAGAAAGAAAAAAAAAGAAAGAAAAAAUAGAAAAAAAUCUUUUUUUGGAAUAAAAACAUAAUUAUUACGAGAAAGGAAUCAUUUAGGAUGAGCUCGCAAUUGAAACUCUCUCACUGGUAAUUGUUGUUGUUGUCAGUUAUAGUUGGUCGCGAAAUCUGAUGAAAGGAAGAAGGAUACAGCGACAUUGCUUUUGUCACUUUUCACACGAAUUUCUAUGAUGAUCGUGGCACCAUGGUGUUCCGCGAGAUUGCACCGUAUUGUACUCCACUGGUAAAUAAAAGGUAUGGACGCGUGCAGAGCGUCAAGCUGCUGCCGCGGGGCGAGGUGUGCCCUGUGGACGGAGGUUCCGGUGGUUCCCUCGGGGAGGGCAACGAGGGUGGUUCCGGUUCCAGUUCCGGCAGCGGCGGUGGCAACGGGGGCGGCGGUUCCUCGAUUAACACCGGGGGCGCCUCCGCGACGGUGGCGUUCAUGGAUAUCAAGUCCGCAGCGAAGGCUCACGCGACUGAGCACACUUUGGACGAACGAGCCCUUACGACACAGUACUACGAGCCCCAGCAUCUUCAACAUAGAUUUCCCUCGCACGGAAGUUCGGAGGAUCAUGGCUCGAGUGGCGGCGGCGGUGCCGGAGGCGGAGGUGGAGGAGGCGUCGGUGGUGUCGGGGGUGGUGUUGGCGUCGUCGGAGGAAGUAGCGGGAGUAUCGUCGGAUCUGGUGGCGGCGUCGUCGGCGGAGUCGGCGGAGUCGUCGGAGGCAGUGGUGGUAACGCAGUUGGCGUUAGCAGCGGCGUCGGCGGCAGCGGUAGCAGUGGCAGCGGGGGCGGCGUUGGCGUCGGCGUCAGCGGCAGCGUCGUUGUCGGUGGCGGUGGCGGCGAGAGUAGCUUCGUCGAGUCGAGGAGUUCACACGGUAGCUCGCACGGAGGUUCCCACGGGGGUUCCCAUGGGGGUUUCUACAGCGGAGGCGGGGUUGCCGGGAGUGGAGGCGGUGGCAGCAAUGCCGGUAGCGGUGGCGGCGUCGGCAGCACCGGAAGCGGCGUCGUCGUCGUUCAAGGUCAUCCAGCGGAUCCUAACAGCGGUGACCCUGGUGGCUAUAUACCACGUGGACGUCCACCACCUGGUAGCUCUUACCACGUGACGUCGAGCAGGGCGAGGGAUCGGCUUUACCCGAGGACAGGCCCUUACGGCUCCGGGCCGCCACCCCCGCCCCAUUUAGAUCGUCAUCGGGCACCGUCUUCCUGGUCCUCUGCCUACGAGUCGACGACUUCAUCGAGAUAUAGCAAUGCACCCCCACCACCUUCGCCGGCUACCAAUGAUUCCUACCAGGAUGAGCCAGGUGGCGGAGGAGGCGGAGGUGGUAGUAGCAGCAGUGUCCACCGACAACACAAGAAGCAACGUAGAAAAUCUCGAAGCGGUAGUAGCUCACCAAGCGGCAGUAGUCGUUCCGGUAGCAGCAGUAGUAGUCGAAGUGGCAGUUCCGCCGGUAGCACGUCCGCCGCAAGCACGUCACCAGGAAGCUCGCCUCAUCGUACUGGAAAUGCUGUUGCAGUCACCGAAGAUCGCAGGCCACUGGCGAUCUGCGUACGGAACCUUCCUGCUCGUAGCAGCGACACUUCUCUCAAGGAUGGCCUUUUCCAUGAGUAUAAAAAGCAUGGGAAAGUCACGUGGGUGAAGGUCGUCGGUGCAGCGGGCGACAGAUACGCUCUGGUCUGCUUCAAGAAACCCGAGGACGUUGAAAAAGCCUUGGAAGUUUCUCAUGACAAACUAUUUUUCGGUUGCAAGAUCGAAGUUGCGCCUUACCAAGGAUACGACGUCGAGGACAACGAGUUCAGGCCGUACGAGGCCGAACUAGACGAGUAUCAUCCCAAAGCAACGAGGACGCUCUUUAUUGGGAAUCUCGAGAAAGAUGUAACUGCGUCUGAACUCAGGAAACACUUUGAGCCUUUUGGCGAAAUUAUAGAAAUUGACAUCAAAAAGCAAGGCGCUGUUUCGAGCUAUGCAUUUUGUCAGUAUUCGGAUAUCGGUAGCGUCGUUAAGGCCAUGAGAUCUAUGGAUGGCGAACACCUAGGUGCGAAUCGUAUCAAACUUGGAUUUGGCAAAUCUAUGCCUACCUCUUGUGUCUGGGUGGAUGGUAUAGGAGAUUGCAUGUCAGAAAAAUACUUGAACAUGCAGUUCCAUCAGUUCGGUCCUAUAACGCAAGUCGUGCUGGAUCGUGAACGUGGCCAUGCGUUAGUCUUCUUCGAACAAAUAAGCUGCGCCCAGGCUGCUGUGAAGGAAAUGAGAGGAGCCGCACUUCGUGGACGUCGUCUUCAAGUGGAUUUCGCGUCCAGAGAAUGCCAGGAAACGUUUUACGAACAUCUGGAAAGACAAGGAGUUGCUGGUGAAAAACCUUGGGACACCAGGCCUUCGCCGGCGACAACCUUCGAUGUUGCGAUUCAUUACAGGAGGGAGCGUAGCAGCUUUGAAUCAGCAGUUACAGUGUCAAAUUCGAGCGGUCGAUUUACGCGUUACGAUACACCCCCAAGAUCAAGGACAACUAGUAGUUACUCUCGUACUUCCGGUGGUGGUAGCACGCCCGGGGCCAGUCCUGCUCAUCCAACGGCAAUGUCGCGUAGCAGCAGGCGUUCCUAUCAAGAUUCAUACUACGACGGCGACUACAACGACCCAACGCCACGUAGAUUUCGAAGUUACGACGAGUUCAGCCAGGGAAGUGGAGCGAGCCACGAUGAUUACCAGAGCAGCGUUCUGAGCGACGGUAAACUCAACGAUGAUGAUUGUCCACCACCCCCAUCGUCUCGACGACAUGCCGUCCAGAGUGUUGUUACCAGCGUGGACCCACCUGUUCCACCGCCACCACCUAUUUUACCUCCGCCCGACAUCAGGCAUCUUCAAAAGGAGCGAGUUCAUUUAUUGGAACAGCUCGAGGAGUGUCACAGUAGCGGCGAUGAAGUGGGUUUUGCACCUAAGAAACGAGUUAAGUUGGAUGGAAGUUCAACAACGAUAUUAUGCGAGGACGAUGAACCUGAAAUCGCAUCGUUGUUGGUAACUUCUCAUUCCGGUAGAAAAGGCAUGGACGUUAGACGCGUAAGUGACAGUAAAGUGUUGGUGCAUCAUAGUACGAGAAGAAGUAGCUGUGACGGCAGGGGUCCGGGACCUUGUAAGCGUCGUCGAGAUACUUCUAGCAGACAUCAUGAGCAUCACGAUGGAUCACGACCAGGAACACCUCUCGUCGACGAAAGACCUGAGAACCUUGUGCCGAGCGAGCCAAGAAGAUUUCGCGAAAGAAGUCAUGAGGGUCCUCUGUCGUUACCUUUACCAAGGUUUGCGACUCAGAUGCUGAACAACAACAAUACUAGUAACAGCAACAACAACACCACCACCACCACCGCCACCACCACCACCACCAACAACAAUAACAGCAACAGUAAUAAUAAUAAUAACAGUAACAACAACAACAACCACAACAACAACAAUAAUAAUAACAGCAGCAACCACAACAACAAUAACAACAACAACAACAACAACAACAACGGUAACAGCAGUAGCAGUAAUUCUCGGUCGACGAGUAGCAGCAGUCUGAAAGUCACUAGUCCACCUUGUGCCAGCGGGCUCUCGGUUGCGGCCAACUCUUGUACGGCACCACAGCCACCAGCCUCGCCACCGCCUAGACAUUUGAGCCCCAGUCCAACGAGUUCCGACAGCGAGACGGCGCCCCAGUCUCCUAGUCUCGAAGAGAGAAUACGUUCCCUCGACGAGAAGUACGAAAAGUGGUCGGGCUCGAGAGCUCUGAGUGCAGCCGGUGGCGAUGCUUUGGCAAAACUCGACGCCAGCGCUUCGGAACGUUUUAAAUUCCGACAUAAACUCCUUGACUUGGAUCUACACGAAGUGCAACCGUCGGAUAUAGUGAAAUCCGUUCUCGCGAAAAGAAGUGUUUUCGACGAGGAUUCCAAACGACUGGAGAACUUCAGUGAAAAAUACGAACCGAAAGAAUUUACGGGCGUUAUAGGCGUCAGUUCGAUGAUCGGUAGCACGGCUGGGCUAACUUCUAGCGGGGGUUGCACCAGUAAAGUUUGUCUGCAGUAUCCAUUUCCUAGUCAUCCGCCGGUGCAAUUGACUAGUACCUCCUCUGUGAGCAGUCACAUCGGUGGUAGUAGCACGAUGCUCUCGACGAGCAUGGUUCCGUUGGUAUUGAAAACGACUGAUCCACGCUCGACGAUGCAGCACAAUUGUGUACACCCAACCCCAGCGACACCGAUCACUCCCGGCACGUCGAUCAAAACCGUCAGUCCGGAAUUACCACCGGUUUCUUUGCCCAUCGGUCUUGCAAGUAGCGGAACGGCAGCAAGCAGUGGUAAUAGUAGCGGUAUAGGGUCGGCCAGUAGCCUUCUUAGUGGUAAUAGUAGUGUAUGUAGUAUUCACAGCCUCAGCGCCUCGACGAAUCGAGGAUUACUUUCUAGUAAUACAGUUUUGAAUAAUUCGUCGUCGUCAAUGGCGAUAUCUACGUCAUCAUCCUCCUCCUGUUCCUCUUCCUCUACCAUUUCUUCUUCUUCUUCUUUAACGUGUUUAACGUCAUCAUCCACCUCGUCAUCCUCCGCGAUAUCAGCAGCGUCUACAAUUUCCUUGUCAGCAGCGGCAACAGCAGCAGCAGCAGCAGCAGCAGCAGUAUCCGGUGUUAUUACGGCAACGACGAUGAUUUUAACGACAGCAACAUCGACAACAUCGAUCCCCUCCACCUCGUCAGGCACGAUACAACAGACUUUAUCGAGCGGUCAAUAUCAUCAAUCUUCCUUGACAACCGCUUCCUGUUCGGUGCCAUUGUCUUCCACAAUAUCGUCCACGUUCGGCACGUCUUCGUUAUCCUCUUCCUCGGUCGAUGUACCUCGUGCUCGUUUACGAAAGGAGAUUGGCAGCAGUAGCAGUAGCAGUAACAGGGAGAGAAGAGACUCUCGAGAGGGUAGGGACAGUAGGGAUUCUAAACAUGGUAAAGGGAAGGAUUGUCAGAGAAGAUCGAGGAAAGAGGAAGUCGAUCGCAAGGAUCGGGAUGAUAAAGAAACCCUUGGCAACAAUGACGUCAAUGAAACCGAUAAUCACAGUAGAGAUUUCAAAGAGACCAAGGAAACGAGGUACGAAAGGAGAGAACGAGAGGAUAAGGAAAGAAGGGAGAAGGACGAUCGGGAAAGACAGGAACGAAGAGAUAAGGAGGAUCGUGACAGGCAGGAACGUAAGGAACGAGAGGAAAGAGAGAGAAGGGAGAAGGAUGAGGAACGUAGGGAAAGAGAGAGAUUGGACAAGGAACGCCUGGAGAAGGAUAGAAGGGAACGGGAGGAACGAGAACGCGAGAAGAAGGAGAGGGAGGAGAACGAGUUCAGGGAGAAGGAGCGGAGAGAUAAGGAACGGUUGGAACGUGAGAAGAGAGAACGAGAGGAAAAGGAGAGGCAGGAACGUAGGGAACGCGAAGAAAGAGAGAGAAGGGACCGGGAGGAACGGGAGAGGAAGGAACGUGAACUGCGUUUGGAACGGGAGAAGCAGGAGAAGGAACGUCUCAGGAAGGAACGAGAGGAACAGGAAAGGCGAGAGAAAGAGGAAAGGGAGAGAUUGGAACGGGAAAGGAGAAGAGAGGAAAAGGAACGUCUUGACAAGGAGAGGAAACGUGAGAGGGAAGAGAAGGAACGUUUGGAACGAGAGAGGCGGAAGGAGAAGGAGGAACGCGAGAGGUUGGAGAAGGAAAAACGUGAGAAGGAGGAGAGGGAAAGAUUGGAGAGAGAGAAACACGAACGGGAGAAGAGAAGGGAGCGAGAGGAUCAAGAAAAACGCGAGAAGGAGAAGGUUGAACGAGAGAAGAGAAGAGAUCGCGAGGACAAGGAUAAGGAAAAACGUGAACGCGAAGAAAGUAGGCGUCAACAACCUACCGAUAAUCAUCUACAUCAAUCGGUAACGCAAUCUCAGAUCCAACAGGCUUCUCCAGCCCCGGUACCAAUAAAACGUAGGUGUUCGUCCCAAGAUUGUCCCACCGAAGACGAUACCAAACGUAUGAAGAUCUCUGAUCAUCGUAGAGACAGCAAAGAUCGGCCUAGACAGAAUAGAAGAUCGGAGGAUCGCAAACAUCGCAAUGACUCUCAUCGUUCUAGUCGAGAAAGUAGGGAAAGUAGAGAGAGCAAAGAAUCUGGUGGUAGUACUGCACAAGAUACCAGGGAUACGACUCAUGCCGAUGUUAGGGAAUCCACCAGAGAGAAUAGAGAAAACAAUAGAGAGAGCGUUAAAGAGAAACAGAGAAGUAAGAGAAGAUCUGAAAAGGAAUCGAGGGAACGUAGUCCUAGGGUAUGUCAGGAUGCCGACAAAGAAUUCUUAUCGAGAUUAGAACUCUCGAAACGCAAUGAAACGAAUUCACCGAACGAGCAAACGUCCGCGGCUUCUAACCACUCGAGAGAGCCGUCGCAAUUCCAUCAACAGCAGGCUUCUUCGAAUCAACACAGCGACGUUGACGAUGGCCCUACUCACGAUAUGCAAGUUGCACGGCAUCCUUCGGCAACCGAUACAGACAGCGACGAACCCAAGAAACAUUCGAUAUUUGAUAUUGUAGACGACGAACCAGCUUACAUCAGUAUGUACGAUAAAGUUAAGGCACGUUCGACGAAAAAUAUGCAGAAAUUGGAGGAGGAGAAGCGUCAAGUGCGUUUAAAAGAUAAGUUUUCACAGCUGAAGCAAAGCCGUGCCAGACGAGAGGAGAAGAAACAAAGUACAUCCUGGGAUGGAGAUUCGGUCAGUAGCAAGGCUUUAACCGAAGACGAGGCUACGUCCGAAUCGGACUCGGCUAGAGCAAAGUCUUUGUCGAGAAAGGGAUCACGGUCUCGAAUUCAUUCCGACACUAGCGAGGAAGAAGAAUCCUUUAACAACAAAGUUCGAAAGAAUGUUAAAACGGAUAGAUUUCUUGAAAGUGACGUGGAUCUUGGCUUUGCUGAUACAGAAGAGAAACAAAAUCCAUUGGAGACCGCCAAUGUUGUGAUCAACAGUGUACAUGCCAAUGCAAAGGAGGAAGUACGUACUUCUGACGACGACGAAAGAGUCACGUACCAAACGAGUCAUCCAACGAUCGUUGUCAAUAAUCACGAAAGAGAUUCGCGCAAGAAAUCGCAUAAAAAGAAGCAAAAGCGUCAGAAAAAUUCGGUGUCCAGCGAAGAAAGUUCGAAACUCGAAUCCACCGAAACUACGGAUCAUAAAAGUAAGACUAGCGUUAUAUCGACUGAUUCGGAAUGUCGUUCGAAUCAUACGACUGAAUCUGUAACGAUUAGUACACCGACGGCAACACCAGUGGCAGCCAUUGACAAUGCUGAAGAAAGGAUGCGCGCUGAUAAGAAACAGAGAACGAAGAAGGAUAAAAGAAGAGAACGAAACGGAGAAGACAAGGUUAAAGCAAGAAGGAAAAGAUUGAAUAGACAAGAAGCUAGAGAUUCACAAAGAAUGGAAGAUAUAUUUGGUCCGCUUUCCGACGACGUUGAUGAUCCACCACCUCCGGACACCUUCUUUGAUAGACUCAGUAAUAUGACAUCUGAAAACAACGCUUAUGUUUCUGACAGCGAUGGUGGACGUAGUCCAGUUCUUGACGUUGAAAGAGUUAGAAGAAAAACAGAAAAGAAACGACAGAGACAUCAUCAGGAAGAUGAGAAUAGCGUUGACCUCGCUGAGGCUGGACGAGAAAUCGAGGCUAAACUUUUAGGUCUACCAAAUUCACCAAAAUCUGCAGUUGCUUGUACAGAGUCCAAUGAACACGACGUUUUCCGUUUCACUGAUGAUAAUGAUAGUGUUGAACCAUCUACUCCGACUACCGUACCCGAAAAGGUUAAAGAAAAGAAAAAGAAACGUAAGAAAUCGAAGGAAGAACGUAGUCGGAAAGAUUAUCAUCACCAUCAUCAUCAUCAUCACCAUCAUCAUGAAAAGACCGGUGAAUUACCUUAUCUUGGCGCGGACCCAAGUCCUCCGAGAGCAAGUAGUCCUUUGAUUCCGAAAACGUUGUCUCCAACUUUGCCAGCUCUUAGAGAUACAUUGUUAAGUCCUAUACCCAAAGUUGUAACGUCGAACACAUCAACGGUCUCGGCUAUCAGUACUCCUAUUGUAAGCGGUGUCAUUCAACCGCCAAAGCCUGAAAAGAAGAAAGAGAAAUUUAUUCCUGGUUUUGGAAUAGAAAUCGAUGAAACUAUUCACGAAAAUGCAGUUAAAAGUAUCUCGGAGCCUGAGGAACGUGAAAGUGGUUGCCAAUCUCGUAACAGUAGAGACGAAACAGAAGUCUCUGUUUCAACAACACCACCUGUUCAAAAUGAGGAUAAACCAAGAGUCGCUAUAUCUCAGGAAGAAACAGAGGAUGCUGUCGCAGCGUUGUUAGAAGAAACUUUCGGUGGUUCUACCGAAGAUUUCUCUUACGAAGGAGAGGAAGAGGACAAUGAGGUGGAUGGUACAACUGGUCCUCCAGCUGAAGCACCCCAAGAGGAUGUUGAGGAAAUGCAACAAGCGGUUGAAAGUUUGAAUGCGUCAGCAGUCGAAGGUGAAGAUCUAAAACCUGAUACUCCUCAAAGCGAACAUGAUCUUCAAAUAGAUACGGACACUGAAGAAGAUCCAAAUUACGAGAACUUCGAUCUAACUCAACCACCGAAAACACCAGAUAUUCCGUCGUUUUAUAAAUCACCAACAAAGACAACACCAACUACGGUGACACUUGCUAUUGUUGCAGCGGAGAAACCGGUGGAAGCUCGUUUACCACUUAAUCCUGUAAUUCCCCAAUCACAGAACUCUCCAAAUUCAGUAAUCGCACAUUCUUGGAACCUCAAUGAACAUAAAUCUCGCGAUACAACAAAAACUGUACAAAUUGAUACGGUAGAAUCCAAUGUUACAAUAGCCAGUCCUGAAAGAGUCUCACAAUCUCAUCGGACAUCAACAUCAUCACCACCAACAUACAAACAACCAAUGUUGGGAUCGUGUAACGUACCGAUCGCAAAUGAAACUUCACGAAUUUCGGCAGCUAGUCCAAGACCUUCGACGAUUAGUGUACAACCUCUGUAUCAAAGACUACCAGUUUCACCUCAAUCUCAAAUGGUACCAAUGCGUCAAGCUUCUCCAAGAAUGCAGAAUAUUUCAACACCAUCUUCGUCUUCGCCAUCGAAUAUAACGCCUUUACCACCACUCGUCCCAUCAAGAAUACCACCUUUGAUACCAUCACAAUUAUCUCCGAGAAUUCCACAACCGCUUUCACCGAAUGGACAAUGGAAUCGAAACUCGGCAUUGAGUCCUCAUGUGUCUACCGUUGGAAAACCUUCACCACCACCAACUAGAAUUGCAGUGAGCGUUCCUAUUUCUGCGCAUAGACCAGAGGUAACAGUACAACAGAUCUAUUCAACUGCAGCAACUCAACAACCAGUGAUUCAACAUGCUGCUGGUUUGAGACCGCUUACACCUAGUUAUCCUCGAGGUGGUUUGCCACCAUUAACUUUAAAUAUUCCACCACGUCCUUACAUGCCAGUACCACCAUUGGCACCGGGUAUACAAGUAAAGAGUUCAAGAGAUUCCGCUGCUUUAGGCAACAAAUCUGUAAUCGAGACAUUACUUUCAGUCAAUCCAAACGAACCACCACAAAGAUUAGAAGAGCCUAAAUUAUCACCUGCUGUUAUACCAGAGUCUACAAACAAGGCCUCGACUUCUCCGAAGGUUCCUUCGCCUAAUCAACCACCUACAUAUAUACCAGAAACAGCUAAAAUUGAAAUUAGUGCAAGUACAUCUAGUCCAGCAUUUGGAAAGUCAGCUAACAUUACAGAAAAUUGUCCUUCACAGUCGAGAUCUCAGAAACAAAUACCUGUGUCUGUAACAGGAGAUAACAAUGUUCUUUCUCCACGACCUAAACAAGAAUUAUCCCAACUCUUAACUACUCAUGUACCACGUUGUUCUACACCUAGUCCUGUGAUCAUAGCACAUGGACAAUCUCACAUAGUCCACAAAUCUAUGGUACAUGGUCUGGGACCACCAACAGUUUCUUCUGCUAAUCAAUCCUUAAUUAAAACGGUAGUACCAAUAGUAUCUCAACAAUUAACACCAACAGUACAGUCCAUAACGACCGGUGACAAAUGCAUCAUUCCACAAACGACUGUAUCUUUCUCUAGUUGUCAAAGAAUGUCACCUGUUCCUCAAACGACUUCGCUUUCAAAGUCUCAUUUACCUGUUGGUCCUCCAGUUUCACAAUCAAUAAUAACUAGAGUCGUAUCAACAACUGUGUCAACUGUAUCAACUACUUCGUUGACUGACAAUGUAAGAGAAUGCAUAGAACCACGUAUAGUACAGGCAGAAAAAUCAGCAACAGAUUCUGAGGCACAAAUAGGACAGACUACCCAACCUAUGCAAUUAACACCACCGAUACAGUCGACCCAACCUAUUGAAAUUAUUAAACAAGAACCAGCUGUUAUUAUAAAGCAAGAAGAUACAACAUUAAAGGAAGAAAUGAAAUUUACUAUUCCAAAAACAGAGCCACCUUUAGAACAGCCAUGUGACACAGAUAUAAAACCUAAGGAAGAGAAACAUGAAUUUGUUGAAUCGGAAAAAUUAACAUCUUGCGUUCCAAAAACAGAAGUAUUGAACAUUCUUGUACCAAAGCUCGAGGAUGAGACAACUGUAAAAUCGGAAGUUGUAAGCGAAGUAAAAGAGGAAGAAGAUGAGGAAGAAGAAGAAGAGGAAGAAGUGGUAACAAAAGAAAAUGAAGAGGUUGAAUUGGAUGAAGAACCUGUCGAAGAUCCAUUGAAAGAACCAAGUACGGAUCCGCUUGCUAUAGACGUGACGAAAGAAGAUCCAACUGAUAGCAAAGAAGAUAGUGAUUAUUGGUCGGCCAAAGAAGUAAAUAUAGAAAGCGUAAUAAAGAAAGUGGAUACCUUGUGUGAUGGCGAAGGUAACGAUGCGGAAGAAGAUGUACAACAUAAUCAAGAAACUCACAAUAAUUCUCUGGAAACAGCAAAGAGUGAAUCUGAUUGGUUCGAAACUGAAACGACCGAGGAUGAAAAUAAAAAGAAUACGACAGUUAAUGACGAUCAAGAUGAAGGUGUGGAGACAUGCGAGGCAGAAUUAACGAAGAGUCGUCGUGGUAGAUCAAAAACGAAACGAGGUGCUAGCGGUCGUGGUGGAGUUAGACGUGGUAGAGCCACUACUGCAGCAGCUGCACAUAAAAGAGGUGGAAGAACAUCUAGAGGAAGUAAACAUCAUGUUGCACAUAAGUUACCUUAUGCCGACGUUUACGAAUUUCAUGAUGAUAGCGAAGAGGAUAAUCCUGGUCGUCCUCGUCUGAUACUCACCAUUAAAUCUGGACCACACACAACUGUUAAAGAAUUGCCUCUGGAAGAACUAGUUUCACCAGCUACUAACACAAGAAAGUCUAGAAGAUUAGCAGAGAAAGAUGGCAGCAGAAACACUGUUGAUGACGUCAUCGAAGAUGUAGUACGUGCAUCAACAAAUAAGAAUUUAACGGGUGGUAAUGUUGGUAGUAUACAUACUACAAGAAGAAGUACUAGGCACAAUAAUGCACCACGCAAUGUACAAACUACACAACCUAAAGUACAAAUUACAGAACCUCGAAAAUCACCAAGAGGUAGUCGUAAAGCGACAAGAAGGACUUCUGAAAACAAUGACGAUAGUGGAGAGGAGAAAUUUAUUAAAUUGGUUGUUACCACAUCGAAGAAGGUUGAGAAUAAGAAUGAAAACACUGUGACUGAAGAAUCUAAUCCAAAAGUGGAAGAGACUAAUCAAACGUUGACACCACCUGAACAAAAAUCUGUAUCUCUUGAACCAACAACAUUGAUUGAUCCAGUUACGGGAAUGUUAAUACCAAUGAGAGAAUCGGAGGAAGGUCAAUAUAUACCAGUUAGUACACCAGCUAAUCAACAACAAACUGCUACUAAAACGAUGAGUGAAAUUCGAACUGCUAAUGUUACUGUCAAUGAAAGUUCAAUCAAUGAAUCAUUGCAAUCAAAAUCAUCAUUUGAUAAUACUAUUACAGCGGUUAAUGAAGAAUUGAAGAAAGAACAACCUGUGGAAACUAUACCUUGUCAGCCAAUACAAAAUCAGCUGAUAUCGUCACAAGCUAGUGUUAUUACAAAGCCUCAAUCUCCGAUUAUUCAAGCAACUUCUACCAUCACAGUCGUGCAAUCAUCUACGACAUGUACAACUGUUACAACUAUGUCAACAAUACCGAGUGUAGUUCCAUCACAACCGGUAUUAACUUCUGCUACACAAAAUAAACCUACGAGUUUGAAAGCUCAUGUACUGAAUGCAAGCAAAUUAUCGACUCAGCCUCAGCCUCAGCCUCAAGUUCAGCCUCAAGUUCAGCCUCAAGUUCAGCCUCAAGUUCAGCCUCAAGUUCAGCCUCAAAUUCAGCCUCAAGUUCAGCCUCAAAUUCAGCCUCAAGUUCAGCCUCAAAUUCAGCCUCAAGUUCAGGCGCAAGUUCAGCCUCAAGUUCAGCCGCAAGUUCAACCUCAGGUCCAGCCUCAGGUCCAGCCUCAGGUCCAGCCUCAGGUCCAACCUCAGGUCCAACCUCAGGUCCAACCUCAGGUCCAACCUCAGGUCCAGCCUCAGGUCCAGCCUCAGAUUCAGCCUCAGAUUCAGCCUCAGAUUCAGCCUCAGAUUCAGCCUCAGAUCCAGCCUCAGAUCCAGCCUCAGGUCCAGCCUCAGGUCCAGCCUCAGGUCCAGCCUCAGGUCCAGCCUCAGGUCCAGCUUCAGGCUCAAGUUCAGGCUCAGGUUCAGGCCCAGGUUCAAGCUCAGGUUCAACCACAACUGCAGACACAGUCGCAGCCGCAGCCACAACCACAGCCACAACAACAGCAGCAGCAACAGCAGCAGCAGCCUCAGCCUCAGCCUCAGCCUCAGCCUCAGCCUCAGCCUCAGCCUCAGCCUCAGCCUCAACCUCAACAACAAAUUGUUAUUACGAAGCCUGUAGUUCCAAUAUUACCAAGUCAGACAGUAGUGCAAAAUAUGAUCAAACAACCGACUCAAGCAAUACAAAGUCUUCAUUUGCAAAUUCCUGGUGGUAGAGUAGUCUCACCUAAUUUGAGUCCAUGUACAAAACAGGCACAAGUGAGUACAGGGAAUGGAAAGCAAGGACAACCAAUGUCACCAGUACUUAAUAAUACAGGCGUACCACCCAAUCCUAAGCAACACCUGCUACAAGCAGCAAAACAGCAGCAGCAACAACAACCAUCGACCAUAAUAAAUAUGUCUCAAAAAUUACCAAUCAAUGUUCAUCCAGCUAGUGUUGUAUCUGCACCAACUCAGAGAAUACAUCAUCCAGUUUCACAGCCAGUAACAGCAAAAGGCAUCAAUGGGCAACCACAUCCGCUCAAUCCAAAAGCUCAUUUAUUACAAGCAGUAGUACCACCGAUGAUAACUGGAGCAGUUGCAAGUCCUCCAACGCAACCACAUCUCGUUGGUCCACAGACUGUUGGAGCAGCUGUAGGCUGCCCACGUCCAACCGGACCAAAACCUCAAGUAACUGGUACUAUGGAACCUCCUAAAGUAGAAGUCUCCAUGUCUGGUUGUAUUAUGGUGCCCACUGCAAGUCCUCAGAGUCGUGGAGUGCCAAUACCAACUUAUGAUGCGCCUAUGCAUGGGAGUGCAGGUACUGCUCCAUCACCGGGGGCUCAAUAUGGACUUGUGCCUCCACAUCGUACUCAGAGUCCUCCAUUGCCUCCACCUGCUCAUCAUCAUGCUAAUGCUUCUCAGAGUGACGUCGUGAAUCAUUAUGGUGGAUUAUCACGUGGUGCCGAGUUACCUCCACAUUAUAUGCAUCCACAAGUGUUGCAAUAUCAAUAUCUACGUGCUCAACAAGAAGCUUUAACUCCGCGUAUAGCUUAUCAUAUUCCAGGAACAAGAUCUCCUCAUUUACCAUUAGAUCCAAAAUUAGAAACUGGUAUAGAAGAUAGUCAUAGUCCACCUUUAGAAUUAAGGAGAAGUACAAGAACUCCUCAAGAUCGUACAACGGAUAGUCCACAAGUUGCACAGGUUUACAUGCUUCAUGGAAGUACACGAUUGCCACCACCACCACCUCAGUAUAAUGCUGGAAGUAAUCCAUCUUUGGCUGCACCAACUGCAGCGAGAGGAGGUUAUUACGAGCCACCACCUGCUCACUUACGUUCUCAAUAUCCUAUGCCAGCGAGUGAAGCUCCAACGGAUAGUGCAAUUACACCUGACAGGCCAAGAAAGCAUCAAGUAGUAACACCACCUCAUGCAUCACAAGUACCACCACAAGCAGAUUCAUUCCAAAUGUUACUUCAACGUUAUCCUGUUAUGUGGCAAGGAUUACUUGCUCUGAAGAACGAUCAAGCUGCAGUACAAAUGCAUUUUGUUUUUGGUAAUCCUAAUGUAGCUAGAGAGAGCUUACCUUGCAACAGCGAUGGCUCUACUCCACCAUUACGUAUCGCUCAAAGGAUGAGACUCGAACAAACUCAAGUUGACGGUGUGGCAAGAAAGAUGCAGACUGAUAACGAACACUGCAUGCUGCUUGCAUUACCAUGCGGACGUGACGAAGUAGAUGUGUUACAGCAAAGUAAGAAUCUUCAAACUGGAUUUAUCAUGUAUUUGCAACAGAAACAAGCCGCAGGAAUUGUUAACAUUGCUGCUCCAGGUUCGCAACAGCCUGCAUACGUGAUACAUAUAUUCCCAUCGUGUGACUUCGCAAAUGAGAGUUUAGCGCGUAUAGCGCCGGAUUUGCUUCAUCGUGUUGCCAAGAUCGCCCACUUGCUUAUCGUCAUUGCCACGGUUUGAGACUGGACAGCAUUCCGCUUGAUCAUAAUAUCUUACUGGUAUAUUUUCUACCUAUUUUGCGCAUCAUGAGAUGGGAUGCUACAUAAAUGGCAUGAAGCCUCUGGGGGUAUUCCUAUUCAUGUGCGGAAUUUCUAGAAGAUAAGAGAAAGAUAAAAAGAGAGAAAGAAAAAAAGAGAGAGAGAGAAAGAGAGAGAGAGAGAGAGAAAGAGGAGAAUAGACCAUCGAGGAAAAGUUUUAAAAAGGGCUCCUUUUAUCGGAGUCUCUCAUCAGUGACAAUCAAAUGGAAUUCGGCACGGAUCACCGGCCGAUCACAUAGAUCGUAAGCCUAUAUAGAACAACAAGGCGUCGUGUCGGGGUUGUGUGACGUAGAGAAAAAUAGAAAGAGAGGCUAGCCCGGUCUAAUUGAGAAAGGUAACCCUCCUAAUCCUUCCCCCUUUCACCGUGUGUGCCUCCCUUCGUAAAACCGUAGAAAAGCAGAAAAAAAGUACGUCCUUUCCGAUGACUUUUAGUACGCUUAAUCGCUGACAGUGUUUGUGGGAUCGACCGACUUUAACUCUUGGUCUUUCUGACAAGCUGGUCAGGCACAACAACCCCAAUUCUCUUUUCUCUCGAUGAAGACCUUCGAUUCUCUCCAAGCGAUAUGAUGUCCACGAAAAAAGACAUUUUUUCGUGUUAUACUAUUACUACUCCUUCCUCUAUAUUAAAAAAAAAAAUGAAAAAAAAAAAACAAAAAAAAAAUGAAAAAAAAAUGAAAAAAAAAAGCAAAAACAUAAAGAUACGUCAAAUAAUAAAAUAACUUCACCGUUGCCGCAAACGAGAACGGUCAGUUUCAGCGUGAGAGUUAAUAAUAGAAAAACAGAUACAUAUAUGAAAAAAGAUAAAGAUACGAAAAUGAAGAAGAAGAAAAGAGAGGAGGAGGAGGAAAAGCCCCCUAUCGUAUCCCUCUUAUCACUUAUAUGCGAACUAAUAAUUUUUAAAAGUAAGGGCUUAGACAUUAACGACACACUGUGUAAAUUAUAAUAAGCGAGCCAGCGAGGGCAUAACUACUGUGAUUUUAAUUAUUUAACGAUAUAUAUCUGCGUAAAGACGACGAAGACGAAGACGAAAAAGAAGGAGAAAGAGAAAAGAGAAAAAAAAAAAACAAAGAAAUUAAACAAGAAGUGAAAAACAUAUUAAAAAGUGAUCUGCUUAUGGAUCAUCUUCGCGGUAUGUGAUGUGUUUUUUGUAUAAUACUGCUCUAUAUAAAUACCUAUGUACUAUAUUACUGUAACAAUAGUUGCUGCUGCCGCUCGUGUUGAAUUAGAAAGUAAAUCACGAUAUAGACUUAGUGAACAAAACAGCAAAGGAAACAACUACCUAAGUAUAGCGUUUAUCCCUAGUGUAUCAUAAUUUCCCACGGCAGGAUGUAACAUAUUAUUAUUAUUAUUAUUAUUAUUAUUAAUUAUUAUUAAUUAUUAAUUAUUAAUUAUUAAUUAUUAUUAUUAAUUAUUAUUAUUAUUAUUAUUAUUAUUAUAUUAG